CAAAAAUCCAUCUCGAUCGUGUACUGCGUGUGUAUGAGUUUUCUUGUGUGUCAAUAGAAAAGUAGAAAUGUCAAAAUGAUGAUAUCGUAAUCAAAAACCCACGACAGAGCGAAGAAAAAACUCAAACAAAAAAGACAUUUCAAGAAAAAUUGACACGCAACAAAUCGAAGUGAAGUGUGUGUAUUUUAGUUUAUUUCAUUUCCUUUUUAGUUUUAUUUAUUUCAAUCAUUCGCACGGGAUUCCAUUGGCAGUGCAGCAAAACGGAAAAUGGCCUAUCAAACAUUUCUAGCAGAGUAUAUGCAAAUUCCAAUCGUCACCCGAAUAUAUACAACAGCUUGUGUCAUUACAACCAUCGCAGUCCAUUUAGAUAUUGUGUCACCGUUUCAACUCUACUUCAAUCCAACGCUCAUUGUACUUCACUACCAAGUAUGGAGGCUCAUCACAACGUUCCUGUUUUUCGGAACGAUAGGUUUCAAUUUCCUAUUCAAUAUGACGUUCACGUAUCGCUACUGUCGGAUGCUGGAGGAGGGUUCGUUCCGCGGUAAAAGCUCCGAUUUUAUUAUGAUGUUCAUAUUUGGCGGUGCACUCAUGAUCAUUUUCGCCUUUUUCGUGAAUUUACUGUUCUUGGGACAAGCAUUUACGAUUAUGUUGGUAUAUGUAUGGUCUCGACGAAACCCAUUCAUUCGCAUGAACUUUUUCGGCAUUUUAAAUUUCCUGGCUCCAUAUCUGCCCUGGGCACUGCUUGGCUUCUCCGUCAUUCUUGGCAAUACUAUUUGGGUCGAUUUGAUGGGAAUCGUGGUGGGCCAUGCUUAUUUUUUUUUGGAAGAUGUCUUUCCAAAGCAACGCGGUGGUUUUCGAAUACUAAAAACGCCACUAUUUCUACGGAAGCUGUUCGAUGAGGCUCCCGAAGAUAGCACCUACACACCGCUUCCAGAAGACCGACCGGGUGGUUUCAAUUGGGGCGAAGAACGUGCACAAAACGAACAGGCUGGGAACGAUGAAUAGGAACAAGAAACCCACACAACCACCAUCAUCUGUAUAAAAAAAAUGAAACCGAACGCCAACUCAUUCAAUGCCACAACCAUUUUACACUCUAUGUGGAAUAUACACGUUUUUUUCGGAAGCAAUUUUGUUGCAUUUUGUUACAAAAUGCUGUAUCGUCUCGACACGAAGACGUGCACAAUUUACCAGUUUUGUUUAUUCCAUUGAAAUAAACCAAAAAGAAGAAGAUGAAGAAAAUUUAAAUGAUAAUUCCGUUUUUAUUGAAUACAAUUGAAUAUGGCUUUAAGUGAAUCCAAGAAAACUAAUGAAAUAAACAAGUGGAAAUAAUGUAAUGAUAAAUUUAGUAUAGUUUAUUUAUACAAUUAGAAAUAAAAUCGAAGGAAUAAUAUAUGAUUUCA